CAUGAUACAUCACUACCUAAACAUGGCGGGUGGUUUCUCCGCGAGCGUUGCUGGGGUUCUUCCUGGCCCGUUGUACGGUUCUAAACUAAGCGACGAAGCGACUAUCUUUUUCAUUUCUCUCGUCGAGCACUUGCCAGCGUUGUGGGACACAACCGUGAGCGAAUAUGCGAACAGUCUCCUAAAAUGUACGCUGUGGCAGCAAGUUGCGGACAAGAUGGAAGACCGGUUUCCAGAAUGUGGACCGUACGUCCCCGAUGCACUCAGGCUGUUCUUCACUAACAAGAGGAGAACAUACCGUACAGAGAAGAAAAAACUGGGGGCACCAAAAAACGGCCAGGCUUCCGGCGAGUGCUACAGAGGCAGAUGGAAGUUUUUCCAUUGCCUGACUUUCCUGGAUGCUGCCAAGCCAGUAGGAGCAAGGACCUACAGCGAGGCAUUCGAGGCAGCAGAGCCAGAGGCGGUGGAGUCGGAGGCGUCACCCGAGCAAAAUGCCGAGCAAGAGGUUGACCAGGAUGCCGAACAAGAUGCUGGCAUCGAGGAAUCCCCACAGCCGUCCCCUGCGGCCGUAAGUACGGCCACCAGUAGUAUCGGGCCAAGAAAAGUUGGGAGCUCACAGCCCUCGGCGGACGAUUGGGCUGCGAGAACAACUGCCCUCGAAAAAAUAGCAGAUGCCGUUCAGCGGCUGUCUGAGACAGACGAUGCUGCAACACAUUUUUCAAAAGUUGUUGCAGCACUCCUACGGCCAAUGAAACCAGUGAAACUGGUCAGGUGCCAAGCCGAGAUACUUAACGUGAUUGAAAAACACCUAAGCAAAUAAAAGUUCCAGUUCAACUGUUCACUUCCUGUU